CAGCCAGCCCCGCCCGCCGCAGCCCCGGGCUCGCUCGCUGGCUCGGCGGCUGGGCGGGCUCGGAGCGGCCGCGGCGGUGCGGAGCCGUGCUGCAGCGAGGCGGAGGGGGCGGCGAGAGCGGGCCGGAGCGCCGGGCCGGAGCGACAGCGGCGCGGAGGAGCCCGCGGGAUUUCGGGGUCGCGGCGGAGAUGCGAGCGGACACACGGAGGCGCUGGGGCGGCCGAGGGCGAGCCCGAGGGCGAGGGCGAGCGCUGCUGUGGUGCGCCUUGGUGGCGGCGUGGGAGCUGGCGUGGGGGCAGCUGCGCUACGCGGUGCCCGAGGAAUUGCAGAAGGGCUCUUUCGUGGGCGACGUGGCCAAGGACCUGGGGCUGGAGCUGGCGGCGCUCCGCCAACGCGGCGCCCGCGUACUUUCCGAAGGUAGGAGGCAGUAUUUUGCUCUGCAUGAGAAGACCGGCCAUUUAGUGACGGCGGAACGCAUAGACAGAGAGCAGCUCUGCGGGCGGGUGCAGACGUGCCUGAUCUAUUCGCAGAUUCUGGUACAGAAUCAAGCCCAACUUUUCACCGUGCAAAUAGAAAUCACCGACGUGAAUGACAACGCUCCCAAGUUCCAGCAAGAUAAACUGCAGUUUCGAAUCAGUGAAACAGCAGCCGUGGGAACGCGCUUCCCGCUGGAAGAAGCGCAAGACGCGGACGUGGGGCUGAAUGCCCUGCAGCGCUACGAGCUCAGCGGCGACCAGCACUUCGGUCUGGAGGUGCUAGAGGGACCGGACGGCUCGAAUUCCGCGGAGCUGGUGCUGGCGCAGGCGCUGGACCGGGAGGAAAGCGCCUUCCACGAGCUGGUGCUGACGGCGGUGGACGGCGGGGAGCCGGCGCGGACGGGCACGGCGCGGAUCCGCGUGCUGGUGCUGGACGCGAACGACAACGCGCCGGUGUUCAGCCAGGCGGUGUACACGGUGCGCGUGCGCGAGGACGUGCCCGUGGGGUCGCGGCUGCUCACCGUGAACGCCACCGAUGCGGACGAGGGCACCAAUGCCGAGCUGACCUACUCGUUGCGCAGGACGCCCGCCGCAGCGUCGCGCCUCUUCCAGGUGGACGCCCGCACCGGGGACGUCGCGGCGGCGGGGAGGCUGGACUACGAGGAAGCGGCUCUGUACGAGCUGGAGGUGCAGGCGAAGGAUGGCGGGGACCUCCUGGCCAGGGCCAAAGUCCUAGUGAGCGUUAUCGACGUCAAUGACAACGCGCCUCUAAUCACGGUGACGUCCGUCGUGAGCUCCGUGUCCGAGGACAGCCCCCCGGGGACCAUAAUCGCUUUUAUCAAUGUGAAAGACGAAGAUUCAGGGGCCAGUGGAGAGGUCAGGCUGUCGCUCGCAGACACGCUGCCGUUCCGUCUGGAGAAGUCCGUCGGGGACUACUACAGCGUGGUGACGGCGAGGGAGCUGGACCGCGAGGAGGUGUCGGAGUACAACGUGACGGUGCGGGCGACGGACGGCGGGGCGCCGGCGCUGCGCAGCAGCGCGGUGCUGCCGCUGCGCGUGCUGGACGUGAACGACAACGCGCCGGUGUUCGCGGAGGCGCGCUACAGCGCCUGGCUGCCCGAGAACAACGCCAAGGGCGCGCUGGUGCUGACGGUGCGGGCGGCGGACGCGGACUGGGGGCAGAACGCGCGCGUGCGGUACCGGCUGUGCGAGGGGCAGGUGCGGGGCGCGCCGCUCUCGUCGUACGUGUCGGUGCACGCGGAGACGGGCGCGCUGUACGCGCUGCGCUCCUUCGACUACGAGGAGGUGCGCGAGGUGGGGCUGUGGGUGCGCGCGGAGGACGGCGGCGCGCCGGCGCUGAGCAGCAACGUGUCGGUGCGGCUCUUCAUCGUGGACGAGAACGACAACGCGCCGCAGGUGCUGUACCCGCCGGCGGCGCCGGGCGCCGGCUGGACGGGCGUGGAGCUGGCGCCGCGCGCCGCCGAGCCCGGGGCGCUGGUGGCCAAGGUGGUGGCGGUGGACGCGGACUCGGGGCAGAACGCCUGGCUGUCCUACGAGCUGGCCAAGGCCACGGAGCCGGGGCUCUUCCGCGUGGGGCUGCACAGCGGCGAGGUGCGCACGGCGCGGUUCCCGCUGGCGCGCGACGCGCUGCGGCAGAGCCUGGUGGUGGUGGUGAGGGACCACGGGCAGCCGGCGCUGUCGGCCACGGCCACGCUGACGGUGGUGCUGGCCGAGAGCGUGGCCGAGCUGCUGUCGGACCUGGGCGGCGCGGCGGCGCCGGGCGAGCCGGGCGGCAGCCUGACGCGCUGGCUGGUGGUGGCCGUGGCGGCCGUGUGCUGCCUCUUCCUCGCCUUCCUGCUGGCGCUGCUGGCGCUGCGCCUGCGGCGCUGGCGCCGCUCCCGGCUGCUGGCGGCGGGCAGCGGCGCCUCGCGCGCCGUCGCCGCCUCGCCCUUCGUGGGCAUCGACGGCGUCCGCGCCUUCCUGCACUCCUACUCGCACGAGGUCUCGCUCACCGCCGACUCGCGCAAGAGCCACCUCCGCUUCCCGGGCGGCAGCUGCUCCAACACCCUGCCGGCCGCGCCGCCGCCCGACAAAUGCGCGCCGCUGCUGCUGCCCGAAGAGCCCUCGCGUGCCCGCGCCGACAGCGGAGACGCCCUCCCGGUGAGUCCCUCUAGCGAGGCCCUUACGCUGCUUUUACGCUCCACUGGGUUGCUGCUCUGGACUGUUCUGCGCGUGUUGUGUGUUGCAUGUACAUAGCCUUAGCUCUAAGUAGAGGCCGAUUAGGCAGAGGUACGUGCACCCAAUAUUUCGCUCUUUCUCUCUUGUUCCUGCCAGCUAACUGAUGCAUUCCGGUGGCAGCGUUCGGCCUAGCAUGGAGCGUGCGAUGUGUGUGCGUCCUUUUGCUUUGAGUUGCCUGCUCCUUGGGCCGGGUCUUCGAAGCCUGCGCCACGUUGUUCCUCAGGUCACCACCUUUCGUGUAUAAUUCAGCUAUUCCUGUGAAUGUUAGGCGCUGGGAGUAGACGGACACUCUGCGUUAGCAGUCGAGUCACAGAUGUCCCAGCUUCUUCAGGACGUGUGCUUUAGACGGAUGAGACUGCCUU